AUGAGUUUGGUGGCCUAUGCAGGAUUUGUUCAGACGAAGGGGACACAGUUUGUGUUAGACGACUCCCCUUUUAUAUUCAAUGGGUUCAACGCUUAUUGGAUGAUGCACGUGUCAUCACAACCAAACCAAAGGGAGAAAGUGUCGAAUGUAUUCCAAGAGGCUGCAAAUGCUGGUCUCACUGUGUGCCGAACAUGGGCUUUCAGUGAUGGAGGAGAUCAAGCUCUUCAGAUAUCGCCCGGAGUUUACAAUGAAUAUGUGUUUCAGGCACUUGAUUUUGUAGUUUCAGAAGCUGCCAAGUACAAAGUGCGCUUGAUUUUAAGUUUGAGCAACAAUUACCAAGAUUUUGGAGGGAGACCUCAGUACGUGAGCUGGGCGAAAAAUGCUGGAGCCCAAACGAAAAGUGACGACGAUUUCUAUACCAACGAGGUUGUAAAAGAAUACUACAAAAGACAUGUUCAGAGAGUACUUAACAGAAUCAACGCGAUUACUGGAGUUGCGUAUAAAGAUGAUCCAACCAUCAUGGCCUGGGAACUCAUUAACGAGCCUCGUUGCCAGGCCGACUACUCUGGAGACACCGUAAAUGCUUGGGUACAAGAAAUGGCCUCACACGUCAAAUCCAUUGACAGUAAGCACCUUCUAGAAGUUGGCAUGGAAGGUUUCUAUGGAGACUCGUUUCCCGACAGAAAGCAGUACAAUCCGGGCUAUCAAGUCGGCACAGAUUUUAUCACUACUAAUCUUAUAGAAGAGAUUGAUUUCACAACUAUCCAUGCAUAUCCUGAUGCCUGGCUAUCGUCACAAGACGAUGAUACCCAGAUGGUAUUCAUGAGAAGAUGGAUGACGAGCCACUGGCGAGACUCCAAGACCCUCCUGAGAAAACCGAUGACAUCGAGGAUCGAGGCGGCCACUCGAUAUCGACAUUCGGGCACGACGAGGGCGGAGGUUGCUUGGUGGAGCCAACGGAUAUUGACCGAAGUGUGGAAUAUCCGGUGGGGUUGA